AUGAAUAUCAUUAAGUUGCAGAGGAAGUAUCCUCAAUUCCAACAAGAUGAGAUCUUCGGUCUCCAAGAUGCUUUCCGUAAACUCGACGUGGACGAUAAGGGAUACAUUGACGAGGCUACUGCAAUUAAAGCUACACAAGGCAGUGAAAGACAACCAUAUGAUGUUGUUAGACAAGCUUUGAAAGAGGUCGAGCUUGAUUCAUCUCGAAGAGUCGAGCUGGAAGAUUAUGUAGGACUUAUCUCAAAACUCCGCGUCUCUUCACCAGCACAACAGCGCAUGUCAACUGGUCCACAGAGUCCUGCUCGUGGAGGAAUUGUAUCGCAACAAACCGGAGGAGCUGGAAGCGGGCAUGCUUCAAAGGGAAGCGUCAGCGGUCGUAUUCAAGUCCAGGGAUCUUCAUCAAACGUUACCCAUACCAUCAACGAAGAUGAGCGAACAGAAUUCACCCGUCAUAUCAACGCAGUGUUGGCAGGCGACGCAGAUAUUGGCUCGCGUCUACCAUUUCCUACAGAUACCUUUGAGAUGUUCGACGAGUGCAAGGAUGGUCUCGUGUUAGCCAAAUUGAUCAACGACAGUGUGCCGGAUACUAUUGAUGAGCGUGUGCUGAAUCGUCCCGGAAAGAAGAUCAAGACCCUUAACGCAUUCCACAUGACUGAGAACAACAACAUUGUUAUUGAAUCAGCGAAGGGUAUUGGCUGCUCGGUGGUCAACAUUGGUAGUGGAGAUAUUAUUGAAGUUCGGGAACAUUUGAUUUUGGGUCUGAUUUGGCAGGUUAUCAGAAGAGGUCUGUUGAACAAGAUUGAUAUCAAGCUUCAUCCUGAGUUGUACAGACUCUUGGAAGACGACGAGACACUGGAACAAUUUUUGAGAUUGCCUCCCGAGCAAAUCUUACUCAGAUGGGUCAAUUAUCAUCUGAAGGCUGCAAAUUGGCCACGAAGAGUUGCGAACUUUUCUAGCGAUGUGAAGGAUGCUGAAAAUUACACUGUUCUUCUAUCCCAGAUUGCGCCGGAGUGUUGCGACCGAGCACCAUUACAGACACGCGAUCUUCAUCAAAGAGCAGAGCAAGUUUUACAGAACGCCGAUAAGUUAGACUGCCGGAAGUUCCUUACACCUAGCUCCCUUGUAGCAGGAAACCCUAAGUUGAACUUGGCUUUCGUUGCCAAUCUCUUCAAUACCCGUCCAGCACUGGAUCCUAUCACCGAGGAAGAAAAGGCCCAGGUUGAUGAUUUCGAUGCUGAGGGUGAGAGAGAAGCGAGAGUCUUCACUCUCUGGCUGAACAGUCUUGAUGUUCAACCAGGAGUAAACUCGUUAUACGAAGAUCUCAAGGAUGGUACCAUUAUUUUGCAGGCAUACGACAAGGUUAUCAAGGGCUCUGUUAACUGGCGUCAUGUGAACAAGAUGCCUGCUAGUGGAGAGAUGUCGAGAUUCAAGGCUCUAGAAAACACAAACUACGCUAUUGAGCUCGGAAAGCAAAACCGUUUCUCUCUGGUCGGUGUUCAAGGAGCAGAUAUUUACGAUGGUCAACGAACUCUCACUCUUGGUCUCGUCUGGCAAUUGAUGCGCAGAGAUAUCUCCGAAACCCUCACAGCUCUCGCUCAACGUCUUGGCAAGCGCGAAAUUUCAGAUGCAGAAAUGAUCAAGUGGGCAAACAACAUGUCACAGAAGGGUGGAAAGAGUUCUACUAUCCGCUCUUUCAAGGAUCAAUCAAUUGGAACUGGUGUCUUUCUCCUCGAUGUUUUGAACGGAAUGAAGAGCAGUUACGUUGAUUACGAUCUCGUGACGCCAGGAGGAACCGAGGAUGAUGCUUAUAUGAACGCCAAGUUGAGUAUCAGUAUUGCGAGAAAGAUGGGAGCGACAAUUUGGUUGGUUCCGGAGGAUAUUUGUCAAGUUAGAAGUCGCUUGGUGGUUACUUUUAUUGGUUCUUUGAUGGCGACAGCCGAGAAGAUGCAGUAA